AUGACAGCUGACCACGAAGAGUCGCUGACCGUCGAAGGAACUGGCAUCUUGGCCACUCACGUCAAGUGGGAGGAAGUGGAAGAAGCGCUUCGUCAGCACUUCAAAACCGAAGCUCGCUUCGGGCCGAACAAGUCGGCCGGGAAUGUGGCUGAUGGAGUGGGCUUCACCUCCAUCGUCGCCCUUGUCGAACCGGACUGGGUUGGAGCCGCUGAAAAUGAGCAUCUGCCCUCAAAAACCGUGGUCAAGCUCCCGACGAUGAUCAACACCCUGAAGAUCACAGCCGCCUUGAAUGCUGCUCAUGGUGGUGACGACUCUGUCAGCCUUGGCUCUGCUGUCUUUCGUUGGGCCCCCGUCGUCAGGAGGCUCCACAACGCCGAGAUAGCCUUCUACGACUUUGUGCGCGCCUCGAAGGUGUGCAACAAGAAGUUGCUGCUCCCGGCAGUGUACUGCUGGAAGCGCUUCAGCGACUCGAAGGACCCGAGCGGAUUUCUGGUGAUGGAGUACGUGCCGAGUGUGUGGACGGCGCCUAUCUACUACAAUUUGGGCAAGGAGCAGCUUGAUGAGAGCCUCCGCGCCUGGGCCCAGCUUCAAGCUCUCACCUACGAUGAUGGUUUCCUCAACCACGCAGAUGUUGGAGGCGAGAACAAUUUCGAGGCGAUGUACGACGCCAUGAUGGGGCCAGAGGAGCGCCGAAAAAUGCUGCAAUUCUUGGCCAAAAACUUCCCAGAGCUCUCCGAGUUAGUGGGAAAGGUAUCGGCGCAGGUGGACGAUAUUCAAGACUUUCCGCGAUUGGGAACGGAGUGCGAGCGAAUUGGUAUGAAGCCUGUCCUCUGCCAUGGCGACCUCUGGUCCUCGAACCUCAUGUGGGAUGCGGAAAGCAAGGAGCUGAAGUGCAUCAUUGACUAUCAGGUAAUCUAUGUCGGCGGGCCCGGCUGUGAUAUCGCUCGCAUGUUGCUGACUUCAAUUUCUGGGGAGGAGCGACGAAAAAGCCAAGACGACGUCCUCGAGACGUACUUCAAAUAUUUUAAGAGCUUCAUGGGGGAUAGGCAACUUCCCUACACUUUGGAUCAGUUAAAAGCCAGCUACUAUUCUGCCCUCCCGCUCGCCUGUAUGCUAGCCGUCCCGAUGUUUGGUCCAGUCACGCACUAUGCCAAGCUUAUGGCCAAGGAUGACGCCGAGAGGGAGAAGAUUCACUCCUCUGUCCGGGAGAAGGCUGAAGCCAUGCUUGAAGACAUGCUUCAUCAGCAUGAAUUGAACCAAAAGCAU